AUGAAGAGCGUCUCUCGAGAGCGAUCUCUGAUCACAUUGAGUUACAUGGAGGACAAUGAGUACAGCAUACAGCCGAUUCGCUGGCUACUAAAACCAAUAAGUGUCUGGCCCGUGGCAGACUCGUCGAUCAAGGAGAAAAUUUUUUCGGAUAUUUUGUUAAUAACGUGCGUUUUUUUAAUUGUCGGCACCAUGGUGCCUUGCGCGUUAGGCAUCUUCUUGGAUGAGACCAAGGACAUAGAAACGAAAGUCCGUGAGUUUGGUCCUCUCAGUAACUGGGCGCUGGCGAGUCUCAAGUACUGCUCGUUACUGACGCACAUCAGUGACAUACGACGAUGCAUCGAACACGUCGAGACCGACUGGAAGACCGUGACGAAAACAGAAGACCGUGAGCUAAUGCUGAGGAAUGCCAAGAUCGGUCGCUUCAUCGCCUUAUUUGCUGCAAUGUUCAUGCAUAGUGGCGUCUUUUCCUACAGCAUUUUCAGAGGACUGACGAUGGAAGAGCCGGCCUCGAAAAGUAAUAUGUCUAUACAUUCACUACCCUUCGCGUUCUACAACAAAAUCGUAGACACUACGACGAGUCCGGCGUACGAGUUAGUGUUCGCGAUGCAGUUUCUGUCUACAUUUGUGGUGAAUUCUGUGGCUGUAGCAACAUGCAGUCUUACCGCCGUUUUCGUCAUGCACGCCUGUGGUCAAUUGAAGAUUCUCAUGUCUUUGCUGAAUAAUCUCACAAGUGAGGAAAGUGAGAAAGGGAACUUUACGAAGCAGAAGUUUGCUGCUAUAGUGGAACACCAUUUGAGAGUAUUGAGUUUUGUGUCUCGUUUGGAAAAAAUUACAAAUAUAACUUGUCUCGUGGAAAUAGUAGGGUGCACGGUGCAUAUGUGUCUCUUGGGCUAUUACUGCAUCACGGAAUGGAACCAAGGCGAUAAACAAAAUAUAGUAGCAUAUUGUAUAAUAUUGGUAUCAGUUACUUUCAACAUCUUUAUAUUUUGUUACAUCGGAGAAAUCCUUUCCGAGCAGUGCGGCCAAGUCGGUGAAACUGCCUACAUGACAAAUUGGUAUGUUUUACCUGGAAACACAGCCCUCGGCCUCGUUUUGAUAAUUUUGAAAUCUAGCAUCGUAGUCAAAAUUACUGCUGGAAAAAUGAUUGAGCUCUCUCUCUCUACUUUUGGCACUGUAAGUAUACGGAAGGAUAUUUUUUAA